AUGGCUAUCAGGCAGAGGCUCGACGAGUCCCUGAAGAAUUUCAUGACCUGUUUCAACGCUGAGAGUUUACAGGUCAGGGACAAAGACGAAAAGGUGGUCAUGGUCGCCUUCAUGAAUGGGCUCAGGGUAGAGGAGCUCUUCUACAAGCUGGCCGAGAAACCUCCUGGAAAUCUGGAGGAGCUCUUGACCAGGGCACACGCGGCCGCUAAUGCGGAGGAGGCUGGCCGUCUAAAGAAAGAGUCAGAUCGAGAGCUCAGAAAUCGGAGAGGACGGGGAAACCCCCCCGAUAGCAAGGAUGGCCCGACCAAGAAAAACGUCUUUGACCGGCUCUCGAGGGAGCAAGCCCCUGCUCCGCCACCACUCCCGGAGAAAGGCUACACCCCCUUGACUCGACCCAGGGCCCAGAUCUUGGCUGUCAUGGAGGCGGAAGGCCUGGGAGGUCGCCCGCGCAAGAUGGGAACACCCCGGAACAAAAGGAACCAGGACCGGUACUGCGCUUUCCAUCGCGACGUUGGGCACGACACGGAGGGGUGCUGGGCCCUACGGAAGAAGAUCGAAGGUCUGAUCCAGCGCGGUUUUCUGGGGCGGUUCGUGAGGCAAGGUCGACCUGACCAGGAGGCGGAGCACACCUACCGCGGAGGUCAGGGCGAGGGCCGGAGUCGCGACCGCCCUGAGCAGCGUGACGCACUUCGGGGCCACUCCCCCGAUCCGGACACCCAGAACCUAGCGGGAGUGAUAAACACCAAUGCUGGUGGUCCCACGGGGGGGGACAGCCAUGCAGCUCGGAAGAACCGUCCAACCCAUCAUCAUCUACCCAACGCCAACCACCAGUCCACAUCUGCUGCUGCUACUGUCCAUCGACCACCACCAACACCGCCACCAUCCAGGUUCAAGUUGGUUUCAAAAACUGAGAAGCGAGAGAGAACAAGGGAGAGGGUUGAGUUUCUGUGUGAGUUUGAUAGAAAUAGAAAGGGCAGUGGCGGCUGA